AAACGUCGGUCGAUAAUAAUUAUAAUGUUCAUUUCAAUUAAUUUUAAUCAUGGCAUUCAAAUUCCUAAAGAAACCUUCGGUUUUUACAAAAAAAACCGACAAUUUUGUUAAUUUAUUUGGUUACUUGGUCAGUUGGUUAGAUGUGUCUGUGACGUUAAGUCGUUAGAAAACUAUUAAAUAAUUGUAGAGAGAUAUGAAGUAAUAUAGUGAGUGUUUCGUUAUUCGUGUGUUUGUCAAAUAAAUGUAGGAAAUUGGAGCAGAAAAGUUAGGAAUUAUAAUUACAAGACCUAUCUUAUCAAGUGCAGUAGAAAUAAAAAAAUUAACGAAAAUGAUAUUAAAAAUAAUUCUAUCCUGUUCCAUCCUCAACGUAGUAUGGUGUAUAUCCCGCCAUCCAAUCCUUAUCAUAAUUUCCUACGACGCAUUCAGAUAUAAUCUCUUCGACACGAAGCUACUGCCAAAUAUGGAAAAUCUGAGGAAAGCAGGAACCUACGCAGACUACAUGACAAACAUCUUUCCGACAAAAACUUUUCCCAAUCAUUACUCCAUAGCAACUGGUGUAUUUGCGGAAACGCAUGGAGUGAUUGGAGCCAGUUAUCUUGACGCAGCUACACAGAAGGUUGUGAAGAAAGUUGAAGAAAUGUUUCAUUAUAAUGAAGAUGUUGUGCCUAUUUGGCGAUGGAAUGAAGCACAAGGAGAUGGUAGAUAUUCUGCUUCAUUUAUGUGGCCAGGUUCAGAUUUUCCUUACCAAGGUAAAGACAUAACGUACAACCAAAAAUUUGCCAGAAAUUUCACCCAUGUCCAAAAAGUUGAUAAGAUGUUAUCUUGGUUAACCGAUCCAGUGAAACCUGCAAAUUUGGUUAUGCUAUAUAUUGAAGGAAUUGAUUAUCCAGCACAUGUAUAUGGUUCAAAUUCGGCACAGUUCAUGGAGGAAUUAAAAAAAUUGGACACUCUCACGAAAUAUAUUGAGGAUCAAUUGAUAAAACACAAUUUAUCAGAAAGAGCCAAUGUUGUCCAGCUAAGCGAUCACGGUAUAUUGAGUGUACCGGUACAAAAGGUAAUUAACGUUACCCAGUAUAUGAAACCAGGAACAUAUACCUUGUUAGGAUCCAGCCCUAUCUUUCAAAUUUAUCCAAAGAAAGGUUUUGAACCAGAACUAUACAAUUCUUUGAAGGAGGGUUCCCGUCAAAACGGACAUUUUAAAGUUUACAGAAAAAGGAGUUUUCCCAGACGAUGGCAUUAUAAAAAUAAUACACGAACGCCUGAUCUUCUUGUGAUGGCGGAUGUUGGAUAUGGAUUGGAAGAUUUAAUAAAUGACCACAUCAAAUACGGCAAAAGGCAUAACUUAACUUUAACAAAUAGUACCGAGUUUGGAGUCCAUGGUUAUGAUAAUAACGUAGAAGCUAUGAGGCCUUUCUUCAUGGCUAGAGGACCAAGAAUCAAGAAACAGCAUCAAGUUCCACCGUUCCGAUCUGUUGAUUUGUAUAACCUAUUUACACAAAUUCUGGAAAUACCAAAAAGGCCUACGAAUGGAUCAAUGUGGCACAUUGUGGAUAUUCUUCGUGAUUCAGCAUUGCCAAAAGAAACCAACGAAAAUACAAGUGUUAGCUAAGACAAAAAAAUAUGUAAUAUUUUUUUAAUUAAAAAAGUAAAAUCUAAAAUGAUC